AUGCCCCCAUCACCUCCCUCACCCGCUCCCUCCUCCCUCCCUCCCCUUCCCUCAUUCACCACUCCCACUCAACAACACGCCCCCGCCGCCUCCCUCGCCCAGCUCCUCUCCGCCUCUUAUACAGAACUCGACUCUCUCCGCACUGCCCUCUCACACGAGAAACGGCGUGCUGACCGUGCAGAAAAACUCUUGGCUCAAUGUACAGAUUCUGACCAGUCACAAGCUGCGCGGAGGUAUGCAGAGAUCGAGGCUCGCGCGGAGAGAGCGGAGAGAGCGAGGGAGGAGAUGGACGCUAGGCUGGGGAUGAUGCGAGGCGCGUGGGCCAGGUUGGAAAGGUAUCAUGCGAUGCUCGAAGUGAGGAGUGCGGAUGCUCGCGCAGAGUUUGCGAGGAAUUUCAGGGAUGUAGUCGAUGAUCCCACCGGCGCCCACUCGCACUCGCACUCCCACCCAAUCCAGGCUCAGCCGGGUCAUGUCGCCAGUGCGGGUGCGGGGAAAUCAAAGUCUGCGUCUGUGUCGCCGAGCAAACCCAUCCCCGCUUCAUCCCUCCUCGCAUCCUCUUCUUCCUCGAGCGAGCUCAUCUCCGACCCGAGGCGUACAGCGCUCCCCUUCCCUUCUGCCCCUCCCGCACACGUAUACGCCCACGCUCUCUCCCAGGGCAUACCCCAAGUGCGCCGGAGAACGGACUCAGUCACUUCGACUCUUGGGCAGCCGGCUGCUAAGCGCCCUAGAGGGGAAGGCUGGGAAUAUGCGCAGAGCACUGCGAGUGCCCAUAGUGCUAGUGCUGGGAGCGCGAGCGGGAGUGGAGGGCAUACCCAGCCAGGGACGACAGUCCCCCAACUGACUCGGGGGCUGGCGAACGCCAUCCCCCUCACGAGUGGGCCUGCGAGAUCGUAUCUCGAAACAAAGGGGAGGGACUUGGCUAAGGAGAAAGAACGGGAGUUGUUGAGAGAGAAGGAGGAGGAGGAGAAGGAGAAGGAUAUGCAGAUGCAGAUGCAGGGCGAGGUUGAGAGAGAAGUUGAGCGGCUGUCGAAGAGGACGGGGAAGCAUGGGCCGGCUUUGGUCGCUCCCACUUCGACGGGUGCUGUUCCUCCCGCUGUCGCUGUUGCAGGCGCUGCUUUUGGUAACGGUGGCGGCGGCGGUGGUGGUGGUAUGGGUGGAACUGCGACCGGUGCAAACGGCAACCCCCGUGCGUCAAGCCCCAGAACUCCAAUCACAAUCUCAGAACAAAGGACGAGCAUGAGUAUGAGUAUGAGUCAUUCAGAGUCGAGCUUGCGUUCCCCCCUUGCCCCUCUCCCUGCGGCUGCGGCUGCGGCUGGCAUUGCUCGUCCGCUUGGGGAAGACGAGAAUAUGGACGGCCAGUUGGAUCAGGCGGAUGUUGGAUUGGGAUCACAGCCAGAGGAAGAUAUGGAGAUGGAGAUGGAUGUGCACGAGGAUGUGGGCGUGGGCACGAACGGGAAGGGGGAGACGGAGAUGUCCGACGAACAGGAACCGAUCACUGAACUGGAACUGGAACUGGAGAGCGAAGAGGAUUUGGACGAGAUGAUCCUCGCUGCUGCUGACCCUUCCCGAGCUCGCCGUUCGCGGUCGAGAUCGAGGUCGCGUUCCCGGUCGCGUUCUCGUUCGCAAUCUGGGUCGGGGUCGUAUCCUUAUGCGGGGGCGAAACGGAAAACUAGGGGUUCGCAGUUGUCUCAUUCUGGGCGUGCGACGCCUGGUCUUCCCCCCAACCUCAGCAACACCUACCCCAACAGCAACGCCCACCCCAGUGCCCUCCCAGCGGACGACCCCAAACCCCUCACCCUCAAGCCCAUCGCCGGCCCCCCCGGAACACUCAACAGCCGAGGUGAACGAUGUUGCUUACAAUGUGGGUUGAGGGGCAAGUAUAAGGAUGGGAAGUGUGUGGAGAAGUGGGGUCCGGGGCCUAGGGGGCCUGGGACUGUGUGUGAUAAGUGUAGGAAAAAGAUCAGAAGGACUGAAAGGAGGGACGGUGUCGCUUCCCAGCCGUCUUCCCAAUCUCAAUCUCAGUCCCAAUCUCAGCCUCAGCCUCAGUCCCAGUCGCAAUCUCAGCCGCUCCCAGGCACAGGCGCCGGCGCAAGCGGAGGAUCGAACCUCUCCGCCUCCUCUGUCUCCCUUUCUGCAAGCUCAACACUCGCUAGUAUCAGUGUUGACUCCCAAAUCCAACCCCAGUCUCAGUCUCAGUCUCAGUCUCAGACUGGCGAACACUCGCUCACGCGAGAAACGUUUAGCAACGAGCUGUCCUCCCAGCCCCUUGUGGGCACUGCCUCAGGCAAACCAAACACGAACACAACUACGAACGCAGGUACGAACACGAACGGGCACGUUGGUCCCAUCCGCAGAACACAGGAUCUUCCACGAUCCCAGUCCCAGUCCCAGUCCCAAUCGCAAACGCAAACGCAAACGUUCCCCUCCCUCCCUCCGGCGCCUACGACCCGCACUCCAGUAUCGGACGUCCGUUCCGCUCCAGGACCAGGGAGGUACACCCCCGCCCCCGCCCCUGCCUCUGGGCCGGCUUACGCCUCCUCCACUUCCUCGGGCUCGUCAGUCCGAGAAAGUCGGGAAGGGUGGGAAGAAAGGGAAAUGCGGGCUUUUGGCCAGGGGUGGGCUAACCCUAACCCCCAUCCUCGGCCUGCUCUAUCAGUUCCGAUUCCGCUUGCUGUACCGUCUUCUCUUCCUGUUCCUGCUGGUGUAGGAGUGGGAGUUGGGUAUGCAGCGGGAGAGGUGAAGCAGGAACAACAUGUUGUUACACUUCUUUAG